ACAAUUGCUCGCGGACCGUCAACGGAAAAGGACGUCCAUGCGCUGAGUGGAGCAGAUUUUAAAUAGGAUUAUUUCUGUGUGUGUGUUGUGUUGUAACUGUGUGUUUUCUUGUGAUGAAAUUCGUGCUGGUAGUUUUAAGUUGCCUGCUGGCAGGCGCUUUUGCCACCAAACCCCCGAAAUGGCCCGACGUGUACUCGGUCAGCGGCAUGCUGACGAUACCGUACGCGGAAAUUAACGAACCAUUCUACGCCUGGUACGAUAAGACGAACGGACGCUCCCGGGUCGACUACUAUGGCGGCAUGGUGAAGACGUACCAGCUCACCAAGCAGGGCGACUACGGCGUCAGCCUGAAGCUGGCCCCGGUCACGACGCAAAACCAGAUGAACAAAGAGACCUGCCUGCAGGUUAAUGGGUCAGCUUCGUACAAGAUCGACGUGCAGGGCAUCCUGCCGUACGUGCGCGACUUCCAGCUGCUCGGCACGGAGCAAUGUGGCGGUUAUCAGUGCGAUAAGUUCGGGCUGACCGAGGUCAUCGGGCAGAAGCGCAAUGUUUACACGCUCUGGGUGCGGUACGUGAAAUCGCCCAAGUAUCCGGCCGCCCGCAUGCCCAUACCGGUCCGGUACGAGAUGAAGGGCUACAAUACGCUGCUCGGUUCGCACUACGACCAUUACUACCUCGACUACGAGUCGUACGAUCAUCAGGACAUUCCGGAGGACGUGUUCGAGGUGAAGCUGAGCGACCCAUGCGUUGGCUUCCCCGGCCCGGGCAAUGGACACUACGCCACCUUCAACCCGAUGCAGGAGUUCGUGCAUCCGCGCUCGGAGGAGCAUCUGCACAACGAGUUCGGUCGGUUCAAGAACAAGCAUGGGAAAUCGUACGCCAGCCCGCUCGAACACGAGCGUCGCCUGAACGUGUUCCGGCAGAACUUGCGCUUCAUCCACUCGCACAACCGUGCCAACCGUGGGUUCACCGUGGCCGUCAACCAUCUGGCCGAUCGGACCGAGGAGGAGCUGAAGGCGCUUCGUGGCUUCCGCUCGUCCGGCACCUACAACGGAGGCCAACCGUUCCCGUACGACACGCCCAAACAUAUGGCCGAUCUGCCCGACAGCUGGGACUGGCGCAUCAGCGGUGCGGUAACGCCCGUUAAGGAUCAGUCCGUGUGCGGUUCCUGUUGGUCGUUCGGUACGAUCGGACACAUCGAGGGCGCGUACUUCCGCAAGACGCAGAAGCUGGUGCGCUUCUCGCAGCAGGCCCUCAUCGAUUGCUCCUGGGGCUACGGUAACAAUGGGUGCGACGGUGGAGAAGACUUCCGCGCGUACCAGUGGAUGAUGGAGGUCGGUGGUGUUCCGAUGGAGGACGAGUACGGUGGCUACCUCGGACAGGAUGGGUACUGUCACGUGCAGAACAUGACGCUGUACGCACCGAUCACCGGCUGGGUGAACGUGACGUCGGGCGAUCCGGACGCAUUCAAGCUGGCCCUGUUCAAGCACGGCCCACUGUCGAUCGCGAUCGAUGCCGGACACAAAUCGUUCAGCUUCUACUCGAACGGCGUGUACUACGAGCCGGAGUGCAAGAACAAGCUGGACGAGCUGGACCACGCGGUGCUGGCGGUCGGGUACGGGCAGCUGAACGGCGAAGACUACUGGCUGAUCAAGAACUCGUGGUCCAACUACUGGGGCAACGAUGGGUACGCACUGAUGGCGGUAAAGGACAACAACUGUGGUCUGACGACUGACGCCACCUACGUGCUGAUGUGAGUGCGGCUCCGGAGCGUCGUCCGGUGUUUUUUGUUUGGUAGAAAUGGGGGGUUUAUUUCGUUUAAGUAUGAAUUUCAUGAAUUUCUCAAUAAAAAAAAUGUUUCUCAUAACAUG